AUGCAUUCACCAUAUAAAAGUAAAAAAGAUAAAUUAAAAUACUCCAUUUAAAUUUUUUCAGUUAAUAAAAAAUAUGAAAUUUAAUAACUAGAGAAAGUCAAUCAAUAUUUCUAAAUAAAAAGCUAAAAAAUUUAUUGUUUUUUUUUUUUAGAAUUAUUUUUCUAAAUCAUUAAUAAAAAAUAUAAUUUUUAAAACCAAAUUAAUCAAUUCAUCAAUCAAAUAAAUUCAUUUAAAAAUGGUUUAAUUUUUAAAUUCAAAUAGAAAUAUUUUAGAAAAAUAAAAUUUGUUAAGGAUAAAUAGAUGAGUUUAAGAAUAUCUUAUGAUGAUAACCACUAUUUGCAUCAAGGCAAUUUGCCCGAGUUGGUUAAGGGGGACGACUUAAGAUCGCCUGGAUGUAAUCCGCGUGAGUUCGAAUCUCACAGUUGCCAAUAUUUUUUUAAUUUUUUAGAUUUAAAUAAAACAAAGAAAAGAAUAUUUAAAAAAAAAAUAAGUUUUGAUUUAACAGAUAUCUAUUUCUAAAUUGCUAAAAAAUAAAAUAAAAUAUUAAUUUAGUUAGUAUAAUCUAUUUUUAUUAAUUAUAAUGUACUUUAAUAUAUAUUUUUCAUAAAAUAAAAUGUAAUUUUUUAUUUUUAAUAAAAUUUAUUUUAAAAUAAAGAAUGA